CUCCAAAAGAAUUGUUUAGCAUGUACAUUUUAGGAGAUAAUACCCAGAUUAUAAACAAUAUCUGUUACCUAAACAAAAUACAUUCUAAGAUUUUUUUUUAAUUAAAAAAAAAAAAAAAAAAAGGGCCCGAGAGGCUUUAUUUUGAAAGGUAUGACCGGAUAUGUAAUAAUUCAUUCAGAGUGGCUUUAUACAUGAAAAGCGCACGGUGACAGCGCACAGGCAGGGACAACACGGCGGAGGUGGAACCAGCCGGGAGCGAAAAUGUGAAGGUGGAAUGCGACCGGGCAACAUUGUAUUGUCAUUGGCGUUUGUUUCUUUUUUUUCUCCUCUCCAAAUAACAACAAGCCUUCCCACACAGCACGAACAGGAGCUCACACUGGAAUCCAUCAACACUGGGAAUAUCCUCGCUUAUCUAUCCCAUUCUCCCCGUUAUCUUUCUCCUCUUUCUGGCUGCGUCCACCUUCUCAGAAAUUGACUGGAACCAGUGUUGCGGAGAUGCGCUGAGUGGGGAGCAUCAUCUACGGUCACUGGAUUGCCAUAUUACACAGAUUUCAAGGAACAGAAGUGCUCAUUGAAGAGGUUCCCCUGUGAUUUAUGGGAUUAUUUUCGAGGAAGCGGCUUUGUUUUAGAUAAGAUCCGUUGGGCAUCAUGAGUUCCAGUGCAGCACCCAAUCAAGGCUUGACGGGCGGCGAGCGGAGCUCUGGACCAAUCCGAUGCCAGCGUUGCCGGGAGAUGUGCAAGGGUGAGGUGGUGCGAGUCCAAGACACCCACUUUCACGUCAAGUGUUUUACCUGCGCAGUAUGCAACUGUGAUCUGGCACGAUCGGGCUUCUUCCAGAAGAAAGGCGAGUACAUAUGCACAGCGGACUACCAGCGUCUGUACGGCACCCGCUGUGACCGCUGUGACAGCUUCAUCACAGGAGAGGUGGUUUCAGCCCUGGGACGCACUUACCACCCCAAGUGCUUUGUCUGCAGUGUCUGCAGGAGGCCUUUCCCCAUUGGAGACAGAGUGACAUUCAGUGGAAAGGACUGCGUCUGCCAGCAGUGUUCACACACACUCAUCAAAUCAAACGAGCCGAUCAAGAUCCAUGGGCCGAGCCACUGUGCGGGAUGCGGGGAUGAGAUCAAGCAGGGUCAGUCUCUCCUGGCACUGGAGAAACAAUGGCAUGUCAGCUGCUUCAGAUGUCAGACGUGCAACAUGGUCCUCACUGGGGAAUACAUCAGCAAGGAUGGAGUGCCAUACUGUGAGGCAGAUUACCACGCUCAGUACGGGGUGAAAUGUGAGACCUGCAGCAGAUACAUCAGUGGAAGGGUGCUGGAGGCUGGAGGGAAACAUUACCAUCCGACUUGUGCCCGCUGUGCCCGCUGCAACAUGAUGUUCAAAGAGGGGGAGGAAAUGUACCUGACAGGAUGUGAGGUGUGGCACCCAUUAUGCAAGCAGGCAGCCAGGGCAGAGAGGAGACUCAGGCACAGACGCCUGUCAGAAACUUCCAUCUCUCCGCCAGGCUCCUCCAUCGGCUCUCCCAGCAGGGUUAUAUGUGCCAGAGUGGAGAAUGAGAUCCUAGAUUAUAAGGACCUAGCUGCCCUGCCAAAGGUCAAGGCCAUUUAUGAGGUCCAACAGCCAGACCUCAUAUCCUCCUCAUACCAGCCCUACCACAGAUACACCUCUGAUGACAGGCUAGACACUUACAGCUAUGGGGAGUCACUUGGGACUCUCUCUCCCUAUUCUCAGGACUACGACAGCCUGGAUAUGAAGCAGAGGCGGUGCUCCAGUCCAGGUUAUAUCGACUCCCCAACGUAUAGCCGUCAGGGCAUGUCUCCCAUCAUGCCUCGCUCUCCGCAGCACUAUGGCUACCCCGGCUCUGAGAGUGGCAGGAGCUCACCUUAUUACGGCCAAGAGGGGCGGUCAAGCACCCCCACCACAUACCAGCCCCCUAAACAUUUUCAUGUACCAGCCACAGGGGACCCCAACAUCUACAGGAAGCCUCCCAUCUAUAAGAGAACGGCCACUAAAAGCAGGACCAGUGAGGACAUCCUUAGAUCUUCCAGACUCUCCACCUACUCUCCUGAACCAUAUGCCCAGUCUGAAUCUGACUACUACCCAUACAGCAGCUCCCCCAAGGCCUAUCGGGCUCCGAGAAGGCGGUUCUCGACAGGAGGAGAUGAAGAGAGCUGGAGUCAGAGUCUUCAAAGAAUUGGGAGUGGCAUCGGCAGGAUGAUCCUAAAGGAGGAGAUGAAAGCCAGAUCUGGUUCCUAUGACAACGACCCCUGGGGCAGUGCGAGGAAUUCUCGUAGUGGGAGCAAGGAAACACUUAACACUACAGGCUAUGGUACCACAGCUUACAACAACACUGUCAACGGAUCUCCUAGGUCUCAGUACAGCACUGAUAGUGAUUAUGUGUGUAAAUCAGCUUCCCUGCCAGGAUACGGACGUAAUGGCAUCCAGAGGCCUCAGAGUGCAGAUUGCUACCAAUACCAAUAUGACAGCGAGGCCAACUGGGGAAGCAGAGAAUACAAGAUUUACCCCUAUGAAGCGCUCAUUGUCACCACCAGGGGGCGGAACAGGUUGCCCAAAGAUGUAGACAGAGCCAGACUGGAGCGCCACCUGUCCCCAGAGGAGUUCGUCCAAGUGUUUGGCAUGACCGUGGAGGAUUUUGAUCGGCUGGCCCUGUGGAAAAGGAAUGAGUUAAAGAAACAGGCCCGGCUCUUUUAAAACAUUUACGGAAGUUCGGCCAUAACUGGAGCAAGAGACUCAAAACAACUGUGUGAAGGGCGGGAGGGGCGGGAGGGAGUGGGAGGGGGGUAAGAGAGCGAUUUGAAGAACUCUACCCGGUUUCACUGCCAUGGCUGAGAACCUGUUCUUGAUCUCCUCAUACUACAAACCAAAAUCUGCUCACCUUAGCGUGGACUUCUGGGACACACAUACACACACACAUAUACACACAGAAGGAAGGCCAGAGAGAAAUUAUACGCAGAUGGACAGAUUCACUGUUACACUGUUGCCUGUGUGAUUACGGCUGUGUCUUUUACUCCUCCAUCCUCCGGUAAAGUCCAUUGAAGUAGUCACUGAUUAGACUAGCACAAACUGGAGUGGUGUUUAAGCAAUAGAGAUUGUAAGCCUGGUGGCCAUAUACAGUAGUGUUGUACGUACUUUUCUUAGGGAUGGAGGAUGGAAGAAGGCAUGGCUGUGCCCCUGUGAGGUCAUACGACGGGACGACUGUGACCUAAGCAGCAGUACCAAUACAUAAUGAGGAGAAUUUUGGCUUUGCCUUAUAAUACCAUUGUUAUGCUCUCUUAGUUAUGAGUGUGCAGCACCAGCAAUCUGAAUGAGUAGAAUGUAGAUAUAUCAUUUAUGACACUUUAUCAGCGUGAAUGAAUUGGAUGGAAGACUGAGUGAGUGAGAAUACAGCAUCACUUUGCUUUGGUUUAUAAGGAUACAUGGAUGCAUACUGUUUACCUGUCCCCAUUUUUCCCCCUCACACACAUACACACAUACACACACACACACACACACACAUACACACAAUACUGUGGAUCCUUCUAGUUUACACUGAUUAUUAUAGAAAAAAAAACAAGCAAUUUGAGGUGGAUAAUUUUUAAUUGUAUGCGUGACCUUCUUUGAUUUGUGUGAAAAUGAAAGCCAAAGUGAGAAUGCAAAUAUAUACAGGUUAGAAAAUCACUUCCAUGUAAUGUUCUGGUCAAAUAUAGCUAAGGGUCACCUAUAGAAACGGUUUACCAUGCAACUGGAUGGUAACCUAAAAGAAUGUGCAAUCAAGUAGAUUUAAUAGAAAAAGGGACACAUCACCAGUACAGUCCUCCCAUUCCACCUUUUCCAGCUCCACCUCUCAUUACAAUACCACUACAACAUAUUUCAGAUCAGGUGUUUUUUUUUUUUUUUUUUUUUUUAACGGUUUAUUCAGACAGUAGCCAUAUAUACAUCUACAUCUAUUGUUUGUUUGAAUGAUUACCCAAUAAUUUUGUAGCUACAGAGAUUUUAUUCACUCACGGUGAAAUGUUCUGCAAGGUAUAACACAUUGACAAUAAUCCAGGGUUGUUGAGGAUUUUCCUUGCUUUGAAUAUUGUUAUUUUGAUUUUGUCACUAAAAAAAAUUAAACUGAAAUUCAAA